GUUGGCGCCGACGGCCAACGUCUACAUCUUGAGACGGACGUGCUUCACUGUCUGGAUCUUUGUGACACGCCACCGGCUGUGGCGAUGGACUAUGAAGAGCUCAAUCGUGCCAACUGGGAUGAGCGCGCGCCCGUCCAUGCCGCAUCUCGAGAUUACUGUGUCCGAAAUUUCCUCUCCGAUCCAGCCUUUCUCAGCGGGGUUGUCGAGUUUGACCGCCCGCUGCUCGGCGACAUUACAGGCCUGCCAUGCGUCCACCUACAGUGCCACAUUGGGACCGACUCCCUGAGUCUCGCGCGGUUGGGCGCCUCAUCCGUUACGGGGCUUGACUUCUCGGGCGUAUCGCUCUCCGAAGCGCGCAAGCUCGCGAGCGCCACGGACGGCACGGGCGGCGAGAAGCUGGUCUUUGUCGAAGCAACCGUGUACGAUGCCCCCGCGACCUUGUCCCAGUGCACCUUUGACCUCGUCUACACGGGCAUAGGGGCCAUAUGCUGGCUGCCUAGUAUAGUGCAGUGGGCGAAGGUGGUCCAUGGCCUCCUCAAGCCAGGAGGGCGGUUGUUUCUGCGCGACGGCCAUCCCGUGCUCUGGGCCCUGGAUGAGGCGCGCACCGACGACCUAGUGCUCGGCUACCCGUACUUUGAGCGCGACGGGGAGGCAACGCUGUUUGAUGAUCCGGAUGGGUACGUCGACGCGGGGGUUUACAAGUUCCAGGCAACGCAAACCGCAACGUUUAACCACGGCAUCGGGGAAAUUGUGCAGGCUCUGCUGGAGGAGGGGAUGACCGUGACGGGACUGGCGGAGCACCAGAGCGUGCCUUGGAAUGCAUUGCCGGGGCAAAUGACCAAGGAUGAGCGAGGGGAGUGGUCGUUGACGGACCGACCGUGGCGGCUGCCUCACUCGUUUACGCUGCAGGCCGUCAAGGCGUGAUGUAUGCGUUGGCCGCCUCGUUCGGUCCGAUAUCGAGUCCAGGCACACAACACACAGACGCGGGUCUUGUGUCAUAUGCCUGGACACACACCACGCGGCUUGAAGUCAAACGCAGACGAUCGCGUCAUCGCAAGAAGAGGGGGUUUUGCAACGAGUCGUUGAAGGCAACGAUUGGAGUUUGGCGGGUGUCCGGCCGCAGUUCGUCAUGCAUCAAGGUAGUAAUCGCGCCAGCUCUGCGGUCAUGAUGGUCCAUGAUGUUGUCAAGACUUCUAGGCCCAGCAUGCGGUACGGGGGCUCUAGGCCUCCGAAGGCUCCACAUCGUAUUCAAUGUCCGUUCUGAUGAUGUAUUUGGCGCCCUUUUUGACACUAGUUCCCUCAUGCAGCAGCGCUCCGUUGGUCUCGCCAUGGGGAAAGACGGCCACGCCGCCCAUGACGGGUCGCACGGGAUACGCAUUGAGAACUCCCUCACGCUGGCCGGGGAUG